CGGAGAGGAGUGGAAAGAGCAACAGUGUGUGGGUUUUUUUUUUUUUUUUUUUUAAAGAGAUCACAGAAAAGAGGGGAUGAUCCCGCCAGCUAACGCAGUUCAGGAGGACAGUGGAGACAAAGAGGACGAACGGGACCAGGAUGAGACACCCAAAUCCCCCACGACGAGCAGCAGCCAAGAAACCAAGAGUACUGUGAGACCUGAGCAUCACAAACGCAAGCUGCAGAGACUCAAACGCUCCUUGUCCUUCAAGACCAAGAGCAUCCGCAGCAAGAGCGCCGACAACUUCUUCCGAAACAGCAGCGAGAACAAGACGGAGCUCCUCUCCGAUGUGAGCAGCAGCACGGGCCAUCUCUGCAACAUCGGGAUGGCCCCGCCGCACACCACCAGUCUCCCCAUCCCUCCAGUGCCUCCAGCCAUUCCUUGUGCACCCCCUCCCACGUCGCGUGCCCAGCCACGCAACCCACUGCAGGUAGACUCGGCGGGACACUGCUUCAUGGAGCACAUCUUCAAGAAGCCUACGUUCUGCGACGUCUGCAACCACAUGAUUGUAGGCACGACAGCCAAGCACGUGGUGUUCCUGGCGGGAAACACGGCGAAGCACGGCCUACGCUGCAAAGCCUGCAAGAUGAGCCUGCACCACAAGUGUGAGAACGGCGUCGGGCAGCAGCGCUGCAUGGGAAAACUGAUGGAGCCGGUGCAGAGAGAUGCGCUCAACUUCAGCACCUAUGUGGCCUUGUACAGCUUCAGUAGCCAGCAGAGCCAUGACCUUGAGAUGAGAGCAGGCGACAGAAUCUUACUGGUUGAUGAUUCUAAUGAGGAUUGGUGGAAGGGGAUAAUUGAGGACAGGAUAGGAUACUUCCCAGCAGCCUUUGCUCAUCAGCUGCAGGACGGAGAACAAGUCUUCAGGUGCAACAGGACGUUCAUCGGCUGCAAAGAACAAGGACAGAUCACGCUGAAGGAGGGACAGAUCUGUGUGAGCAGUGAGGGCGAGCGCGGCGGCUUCAUCAGAGUGGCCAACGGAAAGAAGAGAGGUUACGUCCCCUGUGACGUCCUGGACAUCAUCUGA